AUGACCUGCCCUUUCAGCAACCCGAGAAACCUCUUCGACGACCUCGCCACAGCCCGGGAAACACCAAGUAUAGAAUACAGCGAGAAACUCGGAGGCUAUGUCAUCUCUCGGCUGAGAAAGAGCGUAGCGUCGUUCUUUGUGCCUAGGAGACUAGAGCGUUUUGAGCCUUUGUUGAGAGCGACAGCCCAUGAUCUGAUAGACGAGUUUGUGGAAAAGGGUUGUGUUGAUAUCAAGAGCAACUUUGCACUUCCAUUACCCCUACGGACUAUCGUCAUAGUUGCUGGCCUUGACCCAUCGCGAUGGCGAUGGAUUGGAAGAUGUCUCGCGCUAUUUGGAGGAAUUACCCAGACGAACGAGGAGUUGAGCAUUGAGCAGCGAGUUCAAGAUGUAUUGGAUCUCCACGAAUACGUCGCCCAAGUCAUCCAAGAGCGGAAAACAGACCGAAGAGACGAUCUAAUCAGUCACAUUUGGAAUGAAAGAGACGCUGGAGUGGUCAAGAUGACAGACUAUGAGCACCUCAGCAUGAUCCAAGGACUUCUCUUGGCUGGACAUGAAACAACCACCAACCUCCUCUCAAUGGGGAUAUCGCAUCUAUUACACCACGGUCUAUGGAAAGUCGUCACAGAAGAUGAUAAAUCAAGAAAAGCUGCCAUUGAAGAACUUCUUCGGUACGAGUCUGCUAUCACAGGAAUGGAACGCCUCGUUAAAGAAGAGUCCAAGAUCGGAGAUCACGCUGUCCAACCUGGCGAGAAGCUCUUCGUUGCAUAUAAUUCAGGAAGUCGAGACACCACAAAAUUCGAGAACCCCGAUAAACUGGAUUUUAGCAGACAACAUAAGCACCAGCACCUCGGCUUUGGACGCGGCAUUCAUGCUUGUCUUGGUGCACCCUUUGCACGACUUCUUCUACGAACUGAGCUUGCGGUGCUGAAAGAGAGACUGCCAAACCUGAGGCUCAAGACACCAUAUGAAGAGUAUCAAUACUGUAGGGUUCAUUCUGGUCGUGGACCAGAAAGAGUCGAGAUCCAAUGGGAUGUGCCAUCUAUGGAUGAGAAGCGCGUCAAUGUUGGACAGGUCGAUGUCAACUCCGCACUUCGAGCUUCUGCAAAGACAGAAGAGUUUGAGAUGGUCGUCAAAGAUGCCGAAAAUGUUACCGGGAGGAUAGUUCGCCUUACACUGUGUCCCAAAGAUGGCGGCAAGGUACCGAAAUGGUCUCCUGGGUCCCACGUCGACGUCCAAGCUGGUACUAUUGGCUAUCGUCAAUAUUCUAUAUGUUCAAAACCUUCUGAAGACCAGCAUAUACAAAUAGUGGUACUUCGAGAGAAUGAUACUAGUGCUUCGAACUGGAUACACCGGAACACUAUUCCAGGGAGCCAGAUGUUGAUUCGUGGACCGCGCAACCACUUCAGUCUCGAGUUUGGGUCCCGCAAGACAAUAUUCAUCGCUGGAGGUAUCGGAGUCGCCCCGAUCAUACCAAUGGCCGAAGCUGCUAAAGAAGCUGGUGUUGACUACUCCAUUCUGUACCUCGGCCGAUCGAAGAACAACCUUGCAUUUGUGAACGAGUUGACUGAAGAGCAUGGAGACCACUUCACACUUUGGGUCAGUCAAGACCAAGACAGUAAAAGAUUUGACCUGAAAUCCUACCUGCAGCAAGAAGAUCUCAGCGAUCUGCGGGUAUACUGUUGUGGUCCGGAAGCCCUCCUCACAGGGGUCGAAGAAGCCCUGGCAGACGCACCACCUGGGGUCUUGAGGCUCGAACGCUUCGAAGCACAUAAUACUGGAAACAAGAAGCCAAAUACUUCAUUCGACGUGGUUUUGGCCCGAAGCAACAAGGUUCUGCGAGUACCAGAAGAUAAAUCGGCUCUGGAGGUGAUCAACGAAGCAGGCGCUGGAGUGUUGUCAACUUGUAGUACUGGAGUGUGUGGAACUUGUGAAGUGAGGGUUCUUGAUGGGCUUGUUGAUCAUCGAGAUGUGGUUCUUACGCAUUCUGAGAAAGCAGAGGGGAAGACUAUGAUGCCGUGUGUUUCGAGGUGUCUAGGGAAGAAGCUGACAUUGGAUCUUUGGUAG